CGCAGAAAGGUCACAUCUUUCUCGCUUCCACUUCACUCGAACGGCUCUCUCCAGUUAUAAACCCCACCACCAACCCUCCAAUGGCGGAAAUCCCCGACCCGCCUUCGCCCAACCCCGCGGAAUCCGUGCUCUCCGCGUCCUGCCCUACCGAUUGAUCUGAGCCGCGCCGCGCGCCGUGCCCUAGAUCGGGAGAUCUCGGGAGGGGGACCUCGCCUCCGUCUUCCGAGGACAGUACAAUGGUGGAGACGUCCGGCGGGAGGCUGCACCCGCACGGGCAGCGGCGGGGCGUGGCCGCCUUCCUCGCGGCCAACAAGACGCUGCUCGUCGCCGCGUGGGUCAUCGGGUUCGCGCUGGUGUUCCUGUGGCAGAGCACCUCGGUGUUGGUCGGCGGCGUCGGUGGGGGCGUCGGGUUCCUCAGGCUGCGCUCCGCGCCGCCGCCGCCGCCUCACCCGGCGCCGCUGCUGCGCCCCAAGGCGUACAACCUGACGGAUUUUGGCGGCAUCGGGGACGGACGGGCGGUGAACACCGCGGCGUUCGAGCGCGCCGUUAUGGCCAUCGCGGCGCUCGCGGAGCGUGGAGGAGGGCAGCUCAAUGUGCCGCCCGGCCGUUGGCUUACUGCACCGUUCAACUUGACCAGCCACAUGACGCUGUUCCUUGCCGAGGGCUCAGAAAUUCUUGGUAUUCCGGAUGAGAAGUAUUGGCCGCUCAUGCCUGCGCUCCCGUCUUAUGGGUAUGGCAGGGAGCGGAAAGGACCUCGCUUUGGAAGUCUCAUUCAUGGACAAAAUUUGGAAGAUGUAGUCAUUACAGGACACAAUGGCAGCAUAAAUGGACAGGGUGAAGCAUGGUGGUUGAAGCAUCGCAGAAGGAUGUUGAAUAACACAAGACCUCCUCUUUUGCAGUUGAUGUGGUCCAAGGACAUUGUUGUUGCAAAUAUAACAUUGAAGAAUUCACCUUUCUGGCACUUCCACCCAUAUGACUGCACAAAUGUAACUGUUUCUAAUGUUACUAUCAUAGCUCCUGUUUCUGGUGCUCCAAAUACGGAUGGCAUAGAUCCUGAUUCUUGUCAGGAUGUGCUUAUUGAGAAUUGCUACAUUUCGGUUGGUGAUGAUGCCAUAGCGGUAAAGAGUGGGUGGGAUCAAUAUGGGAUUGCGUAUGGGCGCCCAUCUGGUAACAUUGUAAUACGCAAUCUGACGGUUCGUUCAUUGGUCAGUGCUGGAAUUUCAAUUGGCAGUGAGAUGUCUGGUGGAGUUGCAAAUGUUACAGUAGAGGAUGUUCGCAUAUGGGAGUCAAGGAGAGGCUUGAGAAUAAAGACUGCCAUAGGAAGAGGGGGCUACAUUCGCAAUAUAUCCUACCACAACAUAACCUUCGACAAUGUCCGUGCUGGUAUUGUGAUAAAGGUUGACUACAAUGAACAUGCUGAUGAUGGGUAUGACCGGGAUGCCUUCCCAGACAUCACGAACAUAUCAUUCAAGGAAAUACAUGGGCGGGGUGUCCGGGUACCGGUCCGUGCUCAUGGUAGCAGCUCCAUUCCCAUAAAGGAUAUCAGCUUUCAGGACAUGUCAAUCGGCAUCAGCUACAAGAAGAAAUAUAUUUUCCAGUGUUCCUUCAUUGAGGGACGUGUCAUCGGGUCAGUGUUUCCAAAACCAUGUGAAAACUUGGAUCUAUACGAUGAGCAAGGGCAGCUUGUUAGGCGUGCAGCAAUGCUGAAUAGCACGGAAGUUGAUUAUGAUAUUUGAUGCACAUGCAGUAUCAUUUAUAGGUGGCCAAGGCUAACAGCAGAACAUGGGUGGCAGCCCCAUUCUCAUUUUACUCUUUUUAGUCUUUCUUUGUAUUUUGAGUUUAGAAUUGUAUAUACAGAGGAGAUUCACCUCUUCAUAGGUUUGAAUGCGUGGCUAAUUGUAUCUUAUGUUUCAUUUGGCCACCAACAUUUUGUUCUUGCUGCCAAGCAUGUAAUACAACCUUGCAAUCUUACAAA